AUGGAUCUCUUGUCUGCUGUCAGAGCAGGCAACAUACAGGCUACAGAGCAGGCACUGAAGGAUGGAGGAAGCCCUAACAUCAGGGACGAAGAAGGUAAUGUACCCUUACUGCUGGCAGUAGAACAGAAGAAGUUAUCCCUUGUGCAGUUACUAUUACAAUACGGUGCUGACCCUGUCUCUGAAUGCGCCACCCCCGACCGCUCCAGUCCCUUCUCGUUUGCUCUGUACACAGAAGACAUCCUCAUGUUGGAGACCUUCAUCAAGCAUGGUGUGGACUUAAACCAGACAUUACCCAAGGAGAAUGCUCCCGCCUUAAUUCUUGCCGUGGACUUGGGGAGCUCAAGGCUUGUCAAUCUUUUCCUCAGUUAUGGUGCCGAUGUGAACCAUAUUUGUGCAGGAAUUACGCCUCUUAUUAAAGCCAUUGAGAACAAACACAUAGGGAUAACUAGGACUUUGUUAGAGCAUGGUGCUAAAGUAAAGGAGAAAAAUGUUGAUGUGACUCCCUUAGCAACAGCAUUAAUGACAAACGACAGUGAUAUCGUCAGAAUCACACUGCAGUACGCCCAGAGGGAAGGUAUUAACAUCAACAAUACAUUUGGUGGCUUUGCCAUUGCCCCGUUAUUACUAAGUGCCAAAUUUGGCCUGGCAAACUCCACCAGGGUGCUCUUGGAGGCAGGUUGCGACGCCAACGUCACCACACAGUAUGGGGAAACGGCAUUACAUUUCGCAGUGCAAGGAUACUCUAACACUGCAGUGAUCGCGAUUCUCUUGGAGGCAGGGUGCAACCCUUUCAUCGCAGACUUACAGACUGGCAAAGGUAACACGGCCCUGCACCUUGCCUGUCAUUUAGGUAACUUGGCAGCAGUGAAAAUGCUGUACUCUCACAUGGUUAAUAUGUGGAACAAGGACGAGAGGAUACAGUCAGGAAGCAAGCAUAAAAGAACCAGCUUUUCCAGCAUUGGAGAAGACCCAGAGCAUACAGCUUCUGGUCCCUCGAGCCAUUUUUCAUCAUCGGGAAGUGGCUCCUUACCUAGUUAUCACACAGCAUUGAAUAAGAGAAGCAAUCAGUAUGGCGGGGUUGGCUCCAUGAAAAGUCAACAGCCCUCUCAGGUCUCUGGUCAGCCCUCACAGGCUAUGCCCAGUAUUUUAGCCUACUGCCAAGCUGCAGAUAGUGUGCUGUCACUUCCAAAUGAACAGUGGCACACACCUGUAGGGAAAACCCUUCUCUCGGGCAAACUACAAGUGCUUGAAUACUUCAUCUCUAUAGUACAACACAUUCGGCUGUAUCUUCCUGCAAGCACAUCCAAGGCGGUAUCAGAGGUUGAUCUCCUCCUCCAUCGAGCGGUCAGUUCAGGUCAGCUUGAAGUGGUGAAGUUUUUACUGGAAAUUGGGUAUGACAUAAACAAGCCAGAUGAGACCAAAUCCUGCGCCACACCCCUGAUAGCUGCAGCCAGACAGGCGUACACCAACAUUAACAUGUGCCAAUUCCUGGUUGACCAUGGAGCUCAGCUGAAUGCCGUUGAUAAAAAUCACGAGACGGCGCUGUCCACAGCAGUUUACUUUGGUUUUGAAAAGAAUGCUGCACUGUUGAUUCAACAUGGUGCUGACCUGAACUUGCCUGAUGCAAGAUCCACCACACCACUCUACUGGGCCAUAUUCAACGCCAGGAUUCCGACGCUGCAACUUCUAAUCCACGCUGGAGCAAAAUUUACCCACGAGCAGCUUCGACUGACGCCGAAAAAUCUGAAAGUGACCCGAGACCCACACCUGAGCGCCUGGAUGCUGGAACAGAUUUCCAACCCUCGAAGCUUGCAGUUGACGUGCAUUUUGAUGCUCAGGCGCCACCUGGCAGAGCUGAGCGCGGGACGGACAAUUUUGCCGAGGAUUUCUCUUCUGCCUCUCCCCAAGAGCUUGCAGAGCAUGUUGACUUUUGAAUAGAGAGUGAUAUUAAUUUCUGUCUAGUGACUCUAGUCGUAUUUGUUUUCAUUCACAAAUGUAACUUAAGAUAAUUAUUUCUCACUGAAUUUUUUUGUGAAGUUAUUGGCGUUAAAAUCCCAUGUCACCGAAAAUUGUGAAUUUAAGAUUGUAUCUUACAAAAUUG